CCUCAAUGGCCUCAUCUCCAUUCUCUUUGUUUGGUAUCUUCAUUGGCCACGAAGCAUCGUGAGCUGUCAGAAGUAAAGCGCCAUGCACGAGUCUUCUCCUAAGUCACUUACUUGUGGUGAUAACCAACUUCAAAAUGUCAUGUCUAUUGGUCAAGGAGGCGCUCAGUCACAGCAGUCGGGCCAGGUCAAUCACCAGACAACAAACCUGACUGAGUGAUAUGGAGGAACAGUAGUGUCGCAAAACUAACUAGUACUUAUACAGCACGCUAUGAUGCUGAGUAUGGCAUACUUGAAGAGGAGUAUUCAUGCAAGAGCGGCCCAAGUCACCUAACCACCCGUUCGCAUAAAAGGCCCCGUAUUCUCUGGGACCAUAAUCGUAGGCAGUGUUGUCCUCCUUAGCCAACUUACUCUCCUUCACGAUCUAUUCUGUUCUCCGCAAUUAACCACCCCAUUUUUCAACAUGAUUGACCCAUCCACGCCCGUCCCAGAGACACAUAAGGAAUGGCAGGAGCAAGUUGACAUUUUGGGACUGGGCACCCAAACCAUCCAUGAUAUCCAGUUGAAGUCGGCUUCGCAUGUCUCCAGGGAACAAUUCCUAUUACUCCGAGUGCUUUGGAAAGUCAAUGCCAUCUCUAGAUUACCGUCUUUCCUUGACUUGAACCAGUGGCUGCCAAAAGCCAGCGAGAAGUUGGAAAGUCUUUCCUCAUGGAAGAAAUACUGCCAAAGUUUCACGGGCUCCAUCCCCGAAGGGACAUUUGCACCAGCCCGUCAUUAUCAGCUGGAAGUCUCUAGAACAACACAGGAUUGUCUUACUGGCAGUGUUGUCUUCACUCCCAAAGUUCACAUGACUCGUUCCAAGAAGCACGCCGCACAGCCUCCGAUCCGCCAACCUGAUUUUACCGCCGUGACUCCUCCCUCGAAGCCCUACCAGGGCUUCGAAACACCCCAUGUUGAUGACGAGGAGGAUAUCAGUUACCUAGUUUCUUCGUCGCUGCCUCCAUCUCACCACAGUACUGUCAGCCCCGACGAUGAAUUUAUGUACCCCCCAACGGAAGAUGAGCAGAUUGUGAAUACAGCUCUCUUGGUCUUUCUUGAUUCUAUCACACUCCAUUUCAACCUUUCUGUUAGAUGGUCCGUGCAUCGUAUAAAUUUGACGGCGGAAUUCACCAACGCAGCGUUCCAAGCAAGAACAGACGGCUACCUUGUCGAUCGCAGCGGGGAUGUCAAGGCCAUCAUCGAAGUCAAGCCGGUACUCAGGCAGACAAAAGCACCGCAGAUUCGCAUACAAGAGAGCCACCAGAUGGUAGCUGGCUUACUGAAAGACUAUAAGUCAUUGGUUCCCGCACAUCAGAAGAAGCCGUAA